GCGCGCCCCAAGUGUCCCAGCCGAUAUGAGAUAACCCGCGCACUGCGAAACUUGAUCAUCGAUUCUCACGAUGGCGGUGCGGUCUGACUUUCAGCAGGCCGUGCUGUCGUCCUAUCCACCCCGGCUGCGCACAUACAACAAUGCACUUCUUGCUCCUGUCUUGCCCAGUGCCGCGCCCUCGAACCCACUCGCGCGCACCACAAAGCGGGGCACCACCAUCAUAAACUACGCCGAGGACGGUUACGAUGACUACGACGACGACGAUGAUGACGGUCGCCGUCGGCCCACAGGCCUGCGCAGUCUGCGACGCGACGACAGCAGCGCCAAAACCGACCCUAGCGAAAAGGUUGGCAAGGACACAUCAGUACCCGUCGAGGUGCAAGGCGUCUGGCGCGAGUGGAUGGGCAAGAUGCGCCUCAAUCGCUCCGAUGCCCAGAACUUUGCUCAAUCCUGCCUGCCUCUCACCCUUAUUCCCAUCCGAAUCGACCUCGACAUCCCCGCCUUUACCCCACAGGUCCCCGUGCCGACACAAAGCAUCGUGGAUCCGACUCACCCAUUCUUCAAGCCGCAAGAGCUAACAGUCCCAUACCGUCUGCGCGACACCUUCCUGUGGAAUCUCCACGAAACCCUAAUCACAACCGACCAGUUCGCCACACAGCUGGUGCAGGACCUUGACCUCCCAAACCGCGCCGCGACCAUCGCCGAAAUUAGCAAGCAGAUAAGGACUCAGCUAGAGGAAUACGCCGGCGUCGCGCUUCACCCGCUCUUCCACUCGCAUGUCAGCCGCCCCGAACCGCCCAAACAAACCACUACCACCACAGCCAAUAUCACAACCCAACUCGACCGCGGCACACCCUUACCCAACACUGGCUCGAGAGCUGACACCCCCAUGGGAGGCGUGGGAGCCGGAGGCCGAACAAUUAGCGCCAUGCCAUCCACACCAUCCAAACCCGCCGGUCCCGGCACCCCAGCAGCGGUGGUGCAGACGGGGCAGGGGGCGGUGACAGCGGAGGCGACGCCCAUGCCGGACGACGGCGGGGAUGCAGGUGACAGCAGCCCGGACGACACAUACCGGUGCAUAAUCAACCUCAACAUCACCCUCUCAUCUCAGGUGUACACAGACCGGUUUGAGUGGUCGCUCCUGCACCCUCCGGGCACGGCCGAGAUGUUUGCCAAGCAGACCUGCGCCGACCUGGGGCUGCACGGCGAGUGGAUCCCCGCCAUGACGCACGCCAUCUACGAGGCAGUUCUCAAGCUUAAAAAAGAGGCGUGCGAAUCCGGCGGGCUGGUGGCCGGCUGGGGCGCCGGUGCCGGUGUCGGCGCUAUUCCCGGUGCCGGUGAGUUCCCCAACGACGCGGCCGUGACCGCCGGCGGGGAGGGCGCCGGCUGGCGCUACGACCCGGAGCACCUGGCCGACGAGUGGGAGCCCAAGCUGGAGACGCUCAGCAAGGAAGAAAUCGAAAAGCGCGAGGGCGACAGGGAGCGGCAGAUCCGCCGCCUGCGCCGUGAGACGGCCCGGUUCAGCAGCAAUACCGGCAUGGCGGGCGGCGUGCCCAUUGGGUUUGCGUUUAGUGGUUUGAUUGAGCAGGAGGAGGAACGCAUGGGCAGGGGCGAGCGUAAUAGAAGGAAGAAGAGGGGGUUCCGGAGCCCGUCGCCCUUUGGCAGAUCGGGCACGCCCGGCGGCCGUGGGACCCCGUCUGCCGGCGACGCGGGCGGCUACGGAGGCGGCGGCACCCUCACCGAGGCGGAGCGCAUGACGUGGCGCUGCUCGCACUGCCGCGUGUGGGGUACCAGCGUGUGGGCGGUCAGGGACGGGCCGUUGGGACCGAGGUCCCUCUGCAACAACUGCGGCUUCAUCUACGAGCGCGACCGCAAACUGCCCCGCUGGCUCAUGAACCUGCACCUCAACGAUGCCCGGCCAUUCUAG